GAAAGAUGCUUGCGCGUACUUGUACGUACGGAUUACUGUACUCAUAACCUGUUUUAGCGCUUGUAUAGUUGGAUUAUUGUUAUUUACUUUCCUGACUCUGACUACUACUAUAAUAUUUUUCAUUUGAAAUAAAUAUUUUUUUAAUAUGUUCACCUUGGACUCGGUUCCGAUCUAAAAUUUGAAGAUCAUCGUUGCCUCGAAAUAUUAAAAAUUGUACAAAUACACGGGUCCCGAAGGUUAUGACAGAAAUGGAUCUCUCGUUACUGAGAAGUAAAUUUCGUGGCUCUAUGCUGGGCGCCCUAAUUGGCGAUUGUUUAGGUAAUCCUUAUGAAAAUGAAAGACUGUUAACGGCAGGCAUGAGAUUAGUUUUACAACGAUCCCUCGAUAAAUUGGAGGGUCCACCAUUCAAAGCUCCUGUCAUGCAGUUUACAGAUGAUUCUGCGAUGACUUAUUCCUUGGCGAAAUCUUUAGUGGAGAAAAAGAAACUGGACGCUGUCGACUUGGCAAAAAGAUUUGUCAAGCGUUAUUAUCAAGAACCUAAUCGUGGCUACGGUGCAAAUAUUGUAACAGUGUUCCAAAAAUUACGUGCUAACAAGUUUACGGACAUCGUAAGCCCGGCAAAGGACCAGUUUAAUGGUCAAGGAUCAUAUGGAAAUGGUGGUGCUAUGAGAGUUGCAGCUAUUGCUUUAUAUUGUCACAAAGAUUAUGAUUGUCUUGUAGAUAAUGUAAGGCAAGCUACUCAAAUAACUCAUACUCAUACGGAAGCAAUAAACGGUUCUAUUUUACAAGCUACAGCGAUCUAUCAAAGUCUAUUGUUAGAUCCUAAGGAUCAACUCAAUGUCCAAAGUUUUGUUGAUGACUUAAUUAAUAAAAUGGAUGAAAUAGAGACAGAUGAAGACGAUUUAGGUUUAUCAGAACCAGAACCUUACAAAACACAAUUGAACGUAUUGAAACGUUUAAUAAUGGAAGAGGGUGAAGGACCACAUGAAGAAACAGUAGCUUUAAAAUUGGGAACCAAUAUUUCGGCUUUAUAUUCGGUGCCAACUGCUAUAUUUUGUUUCUUAAGAGCACAGAAACCAAUUAAUGGUAUACAAACAAGAAAUCCAUUUAGACGGGCAAUCCAAUAUGCGAUUAGUUUGGGUGGUGAUACAGAUACUAUUGGUAGCAUGACUGGUGCAAUUGCUGGUGCAUUUUAUGGAGAAAAGGAAAUCAAUUCAAAUCUUCUGCAACAUUGUGAAGACUCUGAAAAAUUUAGGAAUUUAGCUGAUCAAUUAUUUGAUGUGGCAAUGGCAUAAUAGUAAUAUGUAGUAUCUUUUAUACAGUAUAAUUAUUACUUUCAUGUAUCGAUAUCUACAUAAUCCUAUGGAGCUAAAGUAAUUUUAAUAAAACCGAUUACUUAUAAAAUGUCGUGUUAGUCAGUAAUAAUAUCACAAAUUUGUAUAUUAACCGAAUAAAUCUUUGCUGUUUUAAA